AUGCUGGCCCGCGUCGCUCCUAAACUGCGCCUGCGCCGACGGGAGGAGCAGGGGGAUGAGGAGGGGGAGGGGGAGCACACUUCUGGAAGCCUUUUGAUAUCCCAAAGUGACGCCAAGAUCCCCAUCCCCCAGCAGCAGGGAACCAGAGAGCCGGAGGUCACCAUCCGCCUCAGUUCCAACAGCGCGCGGCUCCACAACCAGGUUCGUUAUGACCUCACAUGCGGAUCAUACCGACGGGUGCUGGUCAGCGAGGAUGACCUGACCCUUGAUUUGCUGACCCUUCCCUCUAGGAUAAUUCAUCGUGAUCUCCAUGAUCAAAUACAACAAAAGCAGCAGCAGGAGAAACAACAUGAUAAACAGUCAUCAAAAGAAGAUGGUGAUGAGGCGCGACGUCUUAUGGAGGAGGUAUACCGGGACAUGGUGAAUCCUGAAGACUUGGCAAAACUCGACUCACAACCCAACCCUUUCAACUUCUCCGAGAGAGUCUCCCAAACUAACAGAUUCUCUAAAAGGAACCUGUCGAUGCAGACGGAGGCUCCACCGAGUACCACUUUCGGCCUCACCGUAAGUCCCGCUUUGAUCCAAGACGCUUACCUAGAAAACUACGAAAAUCAACUGGAGAAGGAGAUGGAGAGAGAGCUGGAGGAGAGGGAAAGAGAUCGAGGAAACAAAGGCAGGGAGACGCCACCUCCUGGAAGCCUUGACCCUCUAGAACUAACGGGAAGCACUGGACAACGGCACGGGCAAGAAACAGUCGGCCUGGCGGGCCUAUCACAUGCUGCAAAAGUUGUGGAGAGGAUGGUCAACCAGAACACUUAUGAUGACAUCACUCAAGACUUCCGCUACUGGGAGGAUGGCAGUGAUGAGUUCCGGCCGCUAGAGGGAUCGCUGCUUCCUCUAUGGAAAUUCACUCAUGAUGGCUCCCGACACCUAAUUGUGACAGACGUAUGCUGGAGUCCCAUCUACAGUGACCUCUUCGCGGCAGCCUAUGCCCCGGCCGAUGAGGGCGGGGGCGGGUCAGUAGGUGGAGGAAUGCUUUGCCUCUACACGCUUAAAAAUCCCUCCACACCAGAGAGAGUGUUCCGGGCACCGUGCGGUGUCACAUGCAUGUCCUUCCAUCCUCAGUAUGGGAGUGUGUUGGCGGCAGGCUGGGCCGACGGCACAGUGGUAGUGUACGAGGCCAGGCCUCCUGGAAGACCAGGACAGCUGUCUUCCUCCACAGGCAGCGGCAAGCACUUAUUGCCUGUAUCACAGGUACAGUGGGUGUCGACAGACCCUGGGGAGGACUUAUGUUUGUACUCGGUAGCUCAGGACGGAAGACUUACCCAGUGGCAUGUGCACUCAUCGGUUCUUGUGCACACUGACCUGUUGAUGUUCAAACCUGACCAGCCACAAACACCCGCAUCUCAAGAUCGGGUAAUGCUUGAAGGUAGGUGUGUGUAA